AUGAAACUCACUCCUCUUUUUUUCCUCUUCGCAGCAGCCUGCGCUGAACAUCAGCAUCAGCACCGAGAUAGUACCGACAAUGGCAUCAAUCUCGCCUCGAUCUCAAGCGCACUCGAACACCUGACUGCCAAUCAAACAGCAAGCGCCAACUUCGGCAACAUUUCCCCGCCUCCAAAGUCCCUCAUCGGCGAAAUCCUCUCCGUCGUCCCCGUCUCUGCAAUCUGGGAACUCAUCAAUCCAGACCAGCGCAGCUCCCUUGCAAGCCAAUUCAAAGCAGGCACCACUCCAGCCUGGUACAAUGCCCUGCCUACAGAUGUUAAGAGCUACAUGUCCGUUGUCAAAUCGCAGAUCUCGGAUGGCGCAUUGACUGCAACGACGGGCUUGGCGUAUCAAACUACUUCGCAGACUCAGACUCAGGCCCGGACUACUUCUGCGACCGGGGCCGAGUCGGCGGCGACCUCAACUUCGUCGAGUGCGGCUGCUCCCACGGGGUUGACUGUUUCGGUGGUGGGGGCGCUGGGGGUGCUUGGGCUUGCGUUAGCUUUGUAA